AUGGACAUCCAGAGGCUCUGCGAGUGCCUGCAGGCGGCCACCAGCGCCGAUGCAGGCACCCGCAAGCAGGCGGAGGCUGCACUAAUGGAGGGCGGGAACAUGAACGGAUUCACGCCCGUGCUGCUCCGCGUGGCGUGCGAGGAGUCCGUCGACCUCGUGACGCGCCAGAUGGCCGCCAUCACCUUCAAGAACACCGUCACGCGGCACUGGGACCCUGUCGCCAAGGACGUUCAGCAGGCCUCGGACGGGGACAAGGACGUCAUCCGAGAGGCGCUCAUGGGCGGCAUCGUCGCGUCGCCCGCGCAGGUGCAGUCGCAGCUCGUCGAGACGGCCCGCCUGAUCGUCUACUGCGACUUCCCAAGCCAGUGGCCGCAGCUCGUGCCGCAGCUGCUCCAGGCUCUCGAGAGCGGCGACGAGACGCGGAUACACGGCGCGCUGCUCGUGUUCCGGACAGUCGCGCGCAAGUACGAGUUCCGGAGCGACGAGAACGAGAGGAUGGAGGCGGAGCAGGUCACCGGGGCUCUGAUGCCGCGAAUGUUGGAGCUGGCGAAGCACCUGAUGCAGUCUGCGAGCUCCACGAAGCACAUCGACAUGCUGCGGAUCAUCCUGAAGAGCUUCGUGUCGCUGUGCUACUCGUCGUCGCCGCAGACGCUCGUCCGGGACGGGUCGCUCGUGCAGUGGCUGCAGCUGGCGCUGGCGGCGCUCAAGCUGCCGGUCCCCACGGAGGGGCAGCCGGAGGACCCGGACGAGCGCGCGAAGUGGUGCUGGUGGAAGCUGAAGAAGUGGGCGAUGCAGGUCGCGGUGCGGUUCUACUCGCGGCACUCGUCCGAGAGCGUGGGCCAGCCGCGCACGCAGGAGGAGAAGGCAGAAGCUGAGCUGUGGAACGAGCAGUGCAUGGUCCCGUUCCUCGAGGCGUUCAUGGAGCAGGCGGCGGCGCUCAGCCAGGGCGCCUACAUAUCCCCGCGCUGCACCAACCUCACGCUCGUCUUCCUGACCAAGUGCCUGUCGCGCGGCAACGCCUUUGCCGUGAUGAAGCCCCACAUCGAGGCGCUCGUGCUCCAGGUGGCCUUCCCGCUGCUGGCGUUCAACGACUCGGACGCGGUGCUGUGGGAGGAGGACCCGCAGGAGUACAUCCGGAAGGGCAACGACGUCAUCGAGGAGUUCUACUCGGACCGCAACGCCGCGGCGUCGUUCCUCCAGGACGUGGCAGAGAAGCGCGGCAAGGCAGCGAUGCCGGCGCUGAUGCGGCAGAUCGUGGAGAUCUUCAAGGCGCACGAGUCCGCGACGGCCGUGGGCAACGUGCCCGUGCAGGUCGCGCGGGCCAUGGACGGCGCGCUGCUGGCCGUCGGGUCGCUCUCGAGCUAUCUGAGAAAGAAGAAGCAGUACAAGGACUCUCUGGAACCCAUGUUGCAGCAGUACGUGCUGCCGUGCUUCCAGUCGCAGUACGGGCACCUCCGCGCCAAGGCGUGCUGGGUCGCCGGGAGCUUCGCGGACCUCAAGUUCCCCGAGGGCGUGGGCGUGGGCCGCACGUUCGGCGCGAUGAUGUCGGCAACGGUCAACGCCAUGUCCGACCCGGAGAUGCCCGUGCGCGUGGAGGCGUGCAUGUCGGCGCGGUGCUUCCUCGAGGAGGUUGAGGACGUCAGCGUGCUCAAGCCCGCGGUGCCGCAGCUCCUGCAGAGCAUCCUCCAGCUCAUGUCGCAAGUCGAGCACGAGGACCUCGUCGUCACGAUCGAGGCCCUCGUCGACCGGCUCGGGGAGGACAUUGGCCCGUUCGCGGUGGAGCUGUCGCAGCACCUGGUGACGUCGUACCGGCGGUUCAUCACGCAGGAGGCCGACGAGGACGGCGAGGACGGCGUGCUGUCGGCGUACGGGUGCCUCCGUGCCAUGACGACGGUGCUGGACUCGUGCGGGUCGCUGCCGUGGCUCUACCCGAACCUCGAGGCCGUGAUCCUGCCGGUCGUCGAGGGCAUCGUGUCGCAGCGCGACGGCAGCGACACGAUCGACGAGGGCGUCGAGCUGCUCACGCUGCUGACGUACCACGGGGCGAAGCCGUCCCAGGCGUGCUGGGCCAUGUGGCCGCACCUGGUGCGCAUCGUGCAGGAGGUCGACGCGGAGCACUUCGAGUCGAUCCUCGCGCCCAUGGACAACCUCAUCAGCCGCGACACAGAGCACUUUCUGUCGUGCAAGGAGCCAGACUACCUGCAGUCGUGCUGGGACCUGGCGCAGUGGGCGCUCGACACCGGCAAGGGCCUCAGCGAGGACGCCAUGAUCCCCGCCUGCGAGCUCCUCAACGUCGUUCUCCAAAACUGCAGGGGCCGCGUGGACCACAUCGUCGGCCCGAGCCUGCAGCUCGCGCUCACGAUGGCCACGCAAGCGGCGCCGGCGUUCCGCCUGCUCAAGGACGCGUGCAUGCGCACCGUGAACAACUGCGUGUACUACUCGCCGACGCUGGCGCUGGGGUACCUCUCGCAGCACGGCAUGCUGCAGGCCACGCUCCAGACGCUCUUCGUGCUCAUGAACGCCAAGAAGAAGGGCGGCGCGCCCGCGCACUUCGCCAGGAACCGCGACAAGAAGGUGCUGGCGCUGGCGCUGUUGGGCAUCCUGGGGCUGGGCGACCAGGAGCUGCCCGCGGAGGUGGCGUCGAGUCUGGGGAUCGUGUUCCAGGGCCUCGUCAACUCGCUCUCGUGGCUCAAGGACGGCAUGGAGAACGCGAAGCUGCUGGAGGAGGACGACGGGGACUCGCAGGACGACUACACGACGGAGGACGAGGACUUCGACCCGAGCGGCGAGGGCGAGCUGCGCGACCUGGACAACACCCGCGCGCUCGAGCGCGAGCACCGCCGCGAGGAGGCGGAGCACUUGGUGGAGGAGGCCUCGGACGACGACCUGCUCGCCAUCUUCCAGGACAUCGAUGAUCUCGAGGACGAGGUCGAGGGCCCGCUCGACGACGUGGACCCGUUCAUCAUGGCCAGCGAGCUCCUGCGCGCGAUGGAGGCGCAGCACCCGCAGCGGCUCGCGGCGCUGAUGGGCGCGCUGCAGCCCGUGGACAUGCAGCGGUUGCAGGAGGUGGGGAUGUACGCGGACGUGCGGCGGAAGGAGAUCGCGGAGCGCGCGCAGGAGAAGGCGAAGGAGGCGGCCAAGCGGGAGGCGCAGGCCCACGCGCAUGGCAUGCACGGGUGA